AUGACUUUUGAAAAAAACCUUCAACAAGAACAUCAACUUCAUUUUGAUACACUUCAGUUACAUGCUGGGCAGACUCCUGAUUCAGCUACCAAUGCUCGUGCUGUACCUAUCUAUGCAUCUACUUCUUUUGUAUUCAAUAAUACUGACCAUGGAGCCGACCUUUUUGCUCUUCGGGGGGAAGGCAAUAUUUAUACUAGAAUUGGAAACCCUACCAAUGCAGUGUUUGAGAAACGUAUAGCAGCUUUAGAAGGCGGUGCAGCAGCUACAGUUCUGUCUUCAGGUCAGGCUGCUCAAUUUCUCACUAUUACAACUAUCUGUAGAGCAGGCGAUAACAUUGUUUCCAGCACCAAUAUUUACGGUGGAACGUACAACCAAUUCAAGGUCUAUUUACCUAGAUUGGGCAUCGAGACGAAAUUUGUGGAUAGUCAUGAUCCUGAAGCCUUCCGCAAAGCGAUUGAUGAAAACACAAAAUUGAUUUAUGUGGAGAGCAUUGGGAAUCCUCAAUUUAGUGUUCCUGAUUUUCAUGCCUUGGCAAAAAUUGCAAAAGAGGCAGGUAUACCUUUUGUGGUGGACAAUACUUUUGGAGCCGGAGGUUACAUUGUUCGACCUAUCGACCAUGGCGCAGAUAUCGUUGUUCAUUCUGCUACAAAAUGGAUCGGUGGACAUGGCACCACCAUUGCUGGUGUUGUGAUUGACGCUGGCAAAUUCAACUGGAAUAAUGGCAAGUUCCCGGAAUUUACUGAGCCUUCACCAGGCUACCACGGAAUGAAAUUCUGGGAUACGUUUGGAAAGUUAUCCUUUAUUACGCGUUUGAUAACGGAAUCAUUGAGAGACGUUGGUGCCUGUCAGAAUCCAUUUGGUUCAUUCCUUUUACUUCAAGGCUUGGAGACGUUAUCUCUAAGAGUCCAACGUCAUGUGGAAAAUGCACUCGCUUUGGCGGAAUGGUUAGAGGCACAUGAUAGUGUGAAUUGGGUAUCUUAUCCUGGACUUAAAAGCCACGCACACCAUGAGAUGGCCAAAAAGUACCUUAGGAAUGGCUUUGGCGGUGUUUUAUGUUUCGGCGUAAAAGGAUCACUCAAGACGUUUAUCGAAUCAUUGCGAUUGGCUUCUCAUUUGGCUAACGUAGGUGACGCGAAAACGCUUGUGAUUGCUCCUGCAUUGACCACGCAUCAACAAUUGAGUGACGAGGAGCAGGUCUCAGCCGGCGUAUCGAAAGACAUGAUCCGCGUGUCUGUUGGUAUUGAGCAUAUUGAUGAUAUCAAAUGGGACUUUAACCAAGCGCUUGAAAAAGCAAACAAAGCAUAG